AUGUGUUCGGAGGCAACGAGAAUUUCUUCUCACACCCACCGUGACGAGGCCCACCCCACGAGAUCCGAACGAGAAUCAGGCACUAUGAUUGAUCGCUUCUGCACCGACGGAGAAACGCCGCCGCGACCGCGUAACAGCUUCCCAUGGGCUCAGCUCCUGUCGCGUGUUCCGGCGGAGUGCGCACAAGCUUAUGUUGCCACCAAUUAUAUGCAGCAUGGCCCCAUCCUCAUCAUUGUUAUUGGAGGAUACGAGGCUGGGCACAUGGUUAAGCACCACAUAGAUCGCAGAAAUUAUCAGCAUGGGUCUGGUGGCGAAGGAGCCCACGCUGAUAAGGUCUCGCCUGGUGAUAGGCACACCUGCGCCCGUAACCCUGAGAGAUUUGAUAAUGAUAACACUUCAGGUUCGUUAGGUAUUUCGAGGCUGACCAUCUCUGUCAGGCCCGAUAGCCACCUAUCUCAUGGUGUUGAUUAUCAUCACCCCGGACUGUCAAUUAGGAUGCUAGGGGGUGUUGAUAUCAUGCCUGCAGUCGGCACUGGGCUGAUCAACGCAAUAAUUAUGCCACGAUCGCUGACUUUGCUGAUACCCCGCGUCAUCGGAAACCUACGAAGAAUUGUGCUUCGGGCUGACAGGGAAGCGGUGAUCGCCGCCUCUAAUCGCUAUCUCAAAAGUUUUGCCAUGUGCAGCCCGCCCGCGAAGCUUCAGCUAAGCAUAUCUGCGCCGAGCGAUAUCGACUUGGCAAGCAGACAUGUGAAGUUGGAUGCUUUGCAUGAUACGAACCCCUUAGCGCGGGAGCCCCUAAAUCACUGCCAGCUCAUAGCAGCAUCAACCCCGGAAUGUCUGCCUGUUCUGGCCACAGCUAUCGUCAAAAAGAGCGAUAGUUCUAGGUCAAGUCUGGAGUAG